CUUUUCGUUUCCAGUCCGUGGAGGGCCUAUCUGAGGGAAGUAAAGUUCUGGAAGAAGAGGGGAGUUUGGAAUCUGCGUUCUUGAAAGGAGAUGGCAGUCGACACAAGCCGCAUUGAUCCUAAAAAGCAAAGCAUUAAAGAUGCAUAUGAGGUUCCAGAUAACUUUCUAGAAAUCGAUGUUUGCAACCCGCAAACACACGGAGUCGGUAAAAAGAGAUACACAGAUUACGAAGUCAGGAUGAGGACAAACAUCCCAAUAUUCAAAAUUAAAGAUUCAAGUGUAAGAAGACGAUACAGUGACUUUGAAUGGCUUCGGCAAGAACUUGAACGAGAAAGCAAGAUUGUUGUUCCAGUCCUACCUGGAAAGGCAUUGAAGCGGAUGCUUCCGUUUCGAGGAGAUGAUGGAAUAUUCGAAGAUGACUUCAUAGAAGAAAGACGCCAAGGUUUAGAGGCCUUUAUAAACAAAGUUGCAGGACACCCAUUGGCCCAGAAUGAGCGAUCACUGCAUAUGUUCCUCCAAGAGCCAAUAAUCGACAAAAAUUAUGUUCCCGGAAAAGUCAGACAUAAUUAGCUAUCUGAUUUUGUAAAUUCCAUUUGCAAUCUUGGACAUUAAUUGGGAAAUUCUUUUCACAGUGAGCAUCAUUUUACUCCAACAGCUGCCAAAAAAUAGAAUAAUUCUUUUGUUAAAUUUUAGAGAACAUGUUUUUCUCUUACUUGUUAUACUAGCUUUUUGGCAGUUUGUUAUUAAUAUAUCUAUUUUAUUUGCAUGAAAUUUUCAAUUCUUAUACAAUGUUGGGCAAAAACAGACACAUGGCAAAGUUGUAUUUCUAUAUUGAAUUUUUUGUUGUUUGAGAAAAACUGUACUUAUGAUGAAUAAAAAUGAAUAAUUUGUGUUUUUAAGUCAAGUGGUUUACACAUCUAUUAGACCCCCUCCCCACCCCCAUGGAACAAAAUUCCAUUAGAGGCACAACAAAAUAUAUCACCUUAUAUAUUGCUUACAAUUUGUUUGAGAUAUUGUUAAUUGGUACACUUCACUUUAAAUAACUUUGCUCUUCCUGACCUUACUUGCCAUCCCUUUUUUGUUUUGUAUUUUACUUGCCUGUCCUUUUCUUUUCUAACAGGAUAUUAACCAAUCCAUAAAAAAUGCUGAUAUAUGUAUUAGAUUUUUGUAUCUUUCUUAACUCAAAUGUGUCACAAAAAUAUGUUUUUCACAGUUUCUGUCUGUUGUUGUGCUUCAUGUCAUAGCAAAUAUGAUAGCAGCUUAAUUUAAUCUCUGUUGUGACAUGACCUGUUGGUGAUUAGCGGAUAAGCAUAUAACUAGUUACAAUAUCUAUUGAUCACAUACAAAUUAAUAACAUAUUUCAUAUUUCUUUCA